UAUCUUAGUUAGCUCUCACCCAUUAACUCAAAACUUUUUCUUUUCUUUACGGAUCAAAAAAGAAACCGCCUUUACUCCAAUUCCUCUAAAGAUAACGAUAACCAACUUCCAUUAUCAUCAGCUAACCAUCUUCCAAUUCUGUUGCCGAUCACCCUUUUCCAGUUUUUCAGCAGCCACGCCGAGGCUUUCCGAUUGUAUCUCAAGAUUUCAAUUAUCAUCAAUAGAUGCAGGGUCACACCUUCAAUGAGCAACGUGGAACACAUAGUGUUGGGGAAAGUUCUAGCUCAACGUCAUGGAGCAGUCAGCAGGGUACUGAUGAUGAUCGAAUGAUUGCUCUUGUUCUAUCCGAAGAAUAUGCUCAACUUGAUGGCUCCGUUGCCAGACGCCUUACCAAUCUCGCACCUGUUCCUCACAUUCCGCGUAUAAAUUCAUUCAUUCCCAACUUAAGCGAUGCCAGUAUGGAUCACCAGAGGCUUACUCAAAGGCUAAAUGUUUAUGGUUUAUUUGAGGUGAAGGUUUCUGGGGAUGGAAAUUGUCAGUUUCGUGCCCUUUCGGACCAGAUGUUCAAGUCACCUGAACACCACAAGUAUGUUCGAAAAGAAAUAGUGAAACAGCUAAAAGAUAACCGGUCAACAUAUGAAUGCUAUGUCCCGAUGAAGUACAAACGUUAUUGCAAGAAAAUGAAAAAAACUGGUGAAUGGGGGGAUCAUAUUACUUUACAAGCAGCAGCUGACAAGUUUGCAGCGAAGAUCUGCUUGUUGACGUCUUUUAGAGAUACGUGUUUUAUUGAAAUUAUGCCACGGUACCAACCACCUAAACGUGAGUUGUGGUUAAGUUUCUGGUCAGAGGUACACUAUAAUUCGCUAUACGAAAUCCGAGAUGCCCCAGUCCAGCAGAAGCCUAAAAAGAAACACUGGUUGUUUUAGAAGGAAGCAGAUUGAUUGAUUGCUCAUAUUUGCACAUAGAUUGCAUUUAAUACCAAAAAAGAAAUUUAUUUAUUUGUAUAUCUUCAAGUUCGUUCAAAUUUAUUUGGUAUUUACAAUUACUAAUUUAGCUACUUAUAGGUUUUUCUUGUCAUUAUAGAAAAUACCAUGAGAUUUUUUAACGUUUUUGUUUGGAUCUAUAUUAACCAAAUCAUAUUAUAAAUGAUAGUGAGCAACUAACCAUAGUUCUUCUGGUGUAAUUUUCAUUGAUA